AAAUUAAUUUCAAGAAUCAAGAUCAACCACAGUCCACACGAGUUGUUGAUAGUUUAACAAAAGUUUUUGUGAGAAAAGUUUGCGGAUUAAACCGCAUACUUAACAAGAAAGUUCAAGCUAAAGAAAUAAGUUAUUCAAUACAAUUAUAAUACACAAUGACAGACGUAGCGAAAAAAGUCCAAGAUUACAAAGACUCCCUCAAGCAGAAGGCUGAGCAUUUAAUAAUAAAAGGAUUCCCAGAAAAAAUCGUCAAACUAAAUGAACUCUUGGAGACGCCACAUUUUCAGAACCGCGAUCUUUCGGAUGUCCACCAGGACCUAAACAUUCCAGUGCCUCCACCAGCACAACCUACCAAUGAACCGAGUGCUAAGAGGCCUCGGGUGGAUUCCACGGAGAACAACACAGUAGAGGGCACCAAAGUUUACGCCCUGCCCAAUGGCACGGUGCCCUGUAAUAAGCCCCUGAGUGAUCUUAUUCACCUUGUCAAACCUCAUAUUAGGGAGCUAGUUGAGGAUUCCAACCUUCUUAAAAUGUGGAUUUCAUUUAUGAUACCAAAAAUUGAAGACGGAAAUAACUUUGGUGUUUCGAUACAAGAGGAUACCCUCGCUGAGAUACAGUCGGUGGAGUCGGAGGCUGCGGCGUUCUUUGACCAAAUCUCAAGAUACUUUAUUUCGAGGGCAAAAAUUGUGUCUAAGGUUGCCAAAUACCCUCAUAUUGAUGACUACAGAAGAGCUGUGAGAGAACUUGACGAAAAGGAGUACCUAUCUCUAUGGCUUGUGAUGUGUGAAAUCCGUAACCGCUACUGUUCCCUACACGACAUAGUGAUAAAGAACCUCGAGAAGAUUAAGAAGCCCCGUUCCUCGAACGCAGAGUCGUUGUAUUAGAUGUAAAAUUUAAUUUUAGGGACACAAGUAUGUCUUGUGUAUUUUUUAAUUAUAAUAUAAAUUUUUCUGUUUCUAUUCACUAGAAUACACAAUUCUCAAAUUAUUACAGAUAAAAACAUAGAUAUUAUAGCCAAACAUUUUGUGAAUCUGAACUUAAUUAUAUAAUAUAUAGUUCAUUUUGGGACAUCGCAGAUGACAGAAAAGUCUGUCGUCUGCGAUCUCCCUUAUGCUGUAGAAAUAUUACAACACUAUCUUCAUUAAGUAAACAAUAUUCUGAAUCAUUAUUUCAUAAUUCGUUUUUAAUAAAUUGAUUUUGCUUAUAUUGACUUUAUUUUCAAGAAUAGUACUCUGCAAUAGCAAGUUUUGGUUUCUAUUUAUGCAAGCACAAAUUAGGUUUUGUGAGAGUCGAAAUAGUUAUAAGAUAUUCUUUCAUAUAUUUUAACUAGAUUCAAAAUCGAGUGAAGAGCAAGAAAAAUUAAACGCAAAAGACAUUAAUCUGAUAGCAGUUAUAUAGCAAAAUGUUGAAAUUAUUGAAUAAUUAACAGGAUAUUAUUUUUAAUCAUUUUAGCC